CAAGAGGAAGGAGGAAACGCUGACUAGCACCAACUUUCAACAAUUCAAGAUUAGAAUAUUGCUUCAACUUUCGUCCCCCAAUCUAAUUUAAAUGCUUCUGCUGAGCAAUAGGACAAUGAAGUGAAAUUAGUGAAAAUUGAAACAGUAGCCAGUAUGGCGGGGAAGCUAAUGCGCGCGGUUCAGUACGACUCUUAUGGAGGCGGCGCUGCUGGCUUGAAGUAUGUUGAAGUUCCAGUGCCUACUCCAAACAAGGAUGAGGUCUUGCUAAAGUUGGAGGCUACAAGCUUAAAUCCAUUAGACUUGAGAUUUCAGAAAGGUGUCAAUCGCCCUUUUGUUACUCGCAAAUUCCCUGUCAUACCUGGUACUGAUGUAGCUGGAGAGGUUGUAGAGGUUGGAUCUAGUGUUGUAAAAUUAAAGGCUGGUGACAAAGUUGUGGCUGUUCUUAAUCUUCUUAUAGGAGGUGGAUUGGCCGAGUAUGCCAUUGCAAAGGAGAGCUUGACUGUUCCAAGACCAGAAGAAGUAUCAGCUGCUGAAGGUUCAGGUCUUCCAAUUGCUGCUCUUACAGCACACAAGGCCCUUGUUGAUAUUAUCGGGAUCAAAUUGGAUAGAAGUGGACCGCCGCGUUUGAACAUUCUUAUCACUGCUGCCUCAGGUGGUGUCGGACAUUAUGCUGUUCAAUUGGCAAAGUUAGGUAACACUCACGUUACAGGUACAUGUGGAGCUCGUAAUAUUGAAUUCGUAAAGAGCUUAGGAGCAGAUGAGGUUCUUGACUACAAGACUCCAGAAGGAGCAGCUCUUAAGAGUCCAUCAGGAAAGAAAUAUGAUGCAGUGAUUCAUUGUGCUACAGGAAUUCCUUGGUCAACAUUUGAGCCUAAUUUGAGUGAAAAUGGUAAAGUCAUUGAUCUGACUCCUGGGCUAAGUGCAAUGUGCACAUAUGCACUGAAGAAACUGACUUUCUCCAAGAAGCAAUUGGUGCCAUUUGUUUUGAUUCCUAAUGGAGAUAAGGAAUUAAACUUGCUUGUUAGGUUGGUGAAGGAAGGGAAGUUAAAGACCAUGUUUGACUCCAAACAUCCUCUAAGCAAGGCUCAAGAUGCUUGGGCUAAGAUGAUCGAUGGACAUGCCAUAGGGAAAAUUAUUGUGGAGCCAUAAAAAAAUUUGUUCUAAUUGAUUUAAAGGUGAAAAUGUUGAUGCUGAGCAUUGAUA